AUGACGCAACACAACAUCGCUCGUGUCUACAGCGUUAUGCAGGAAUUGCAGCAGCUUCGCGAUAAAAAUAGCAAGUUAUCGGAGAAGAAUGUGGAGCUAGCAAAAGCGCUGACUGCGACCAAGCAGGAGCUUACCAAAGCUCGGGCAGCGCAGAAAGCCGUAUUUUCGGAUAAAGUUUUGGAGUGGAUGGAGGCAAGACAUAAACCCGUGGAAGUACAACAUCAAGCCAUUCAAUGCAGCUUUGAGGAACUCGAUCGAACGCACAUACACACAUGUGCAUCUGAAGACAUUGAGCAGCUUGAGCCGGAUCCACCACUAUCACCCUGUCACGAUAGCGAUAUAAUGCAGACUCUUUCUUCGCAUUCGUCUUCUGCUAUCAAACCUACAAUGUUUGAGAUAGAUCUCAACGAGAACAAGACUAUAGACCCGUUUACGAAAGACAAUGCAUACGCGGUUGGAAGCGAGGCUAAGGACGACGAUAUCAUACCCAAUCGAGUGGCAGACUCUAGAAACAGCAUUGCACAAGAUGUUGACAUUGCAUGGCUGGAUGAUCAAGCCAUGCAACGCCAACGCACCCUUCGGUCUCCGGUUGAUUUGGAGCAAACGAGCUUACAGACUGGUGUAAUGAAGCGACUGCGCCAGCGAGAUGCUAGUGUAUCUUAUGUCGAGCCGAAGCUGAAUGUGAAACUACGGCGGGGUGACUAUUAUGGCUUAGGCAAGCGGACAAGUCAGCCAAAUACUAUGUGCCGUAAGGCGAAACACCGCGCAACAAUGUCCGAUUCACGGCGUUCGAAUGCGGCAUUUGUAUCUUCGCCCUUCGGUCAGCAAUUUAGCCCCUUCCGUCGUCGCAGACCCGGAAGAUCUAUCCAGCGUAUAUCAUAUGCAGAACCCAAGCUUAACACUAAGCUCCGUCAGGAUGUGGUGAAUGGGAACGCGCAGGUGGCAUCGAAUGACGAGAAUAAUGUGACAACUCACGGUAAAUCCGUGCCGGCUGCUGUAAAUUCCAACAGCUUUGAGGAGCAAUAUACUCUUGGCAAGGUGAUUGGGUCUGGUACAUUCUCGGUUGUGCGCGUUGCCGUUCACAACCCAACAAGUCAACGAUACGCCAUCAAGUGCAUCAAACGCGAUGGUCUAGUGGCGGAGGACAUUGAGGCUUUGACGACAGAAAUUGCUAUUUUGAAGCAGAUGAACCAUCCAAACAUCAUGAUCCUGCACGAUUUUUUCGUUGAGGAUAAAUUCUACUACUUGGUGACGGAGUUCAUGGAAGGCGGCGAGCUGUUUGACCGAAUCGUUGAAAAGUCGUACUACAACGAGAGGGAAGCUCGCGAUCUGGUGAAGCUACUUCUAGAGGCUAUCAAGUACUGUCAUGAUGCUAAUAUCGUGCACCGCGACUUGAAGCCGGAGAAUCUCUUGUUGACAAGCAAGGAUGACGAUGCAUCGAUUAAACUGGCUGACUUUGGUUUCGCAAAAAAGGUUGAAUUUGACACAGUGAGUCUUGUGACAGCUUGUGGUACACCUGGAUAUGUCGCACCAGAGAUCCUUGAGGGCAAACCUUAUGGCAAGACGGUUGACAUAUGGAGCAUAGGCGUCAUUACUUACAUCCUGCUGUGUGGAUACCCACCAUUCCACGACGAUAACCACAACGCUCUGUUUAAGAAGAUCAAGAAGGGCACGUUUCAGUUUGAUUCACCGUACUGGGACCACGUAUCAGACGAUGCAAAGGACCUCAUCUUUCAGAUGCUCGUCGUGGAUCCAGAGAAACGUGCAACGGUCGACCAGCUCCUAGCACAUCGAUGGGUCACGGGCACGGAAAUUGCUACAGUGCAGCUUACAAGCGCUUUGGAAGAACUACGCCGCUUUAACGCGCGCCGGAAAUUCAAGGCCGCUGUUAGCACGGUGUCCACGACAGUUGGAUUUAGUAAAAAGUUCAGCAAGUCGUCCAGUCAUGCGCAAUCGUCACUGGACGAGGCCGCAGGUGUCGACCUUGGAAAUAUGCCUGAGACGGUCGACAAGACCACUGAGUGGACUACAUAA